GUGAGGGCCGCCGCCCCGAGCGCCGGCCUCCCGCGCCAUGGCCCCUAUGGGCAUCCGCCUGUCCCCGCUGGGGGUGGCCGUGUUCUGCCUGCUGGGGCUCGGCGUACUCUACCAUCUGUACUCGGGCUUUUUGGCCGGCCGCAUCAGCCUCUUCGGCCUGGGCGGCGAGCCGGGCGGCGGCGGGGCGGCGGGGCCCGCGGCCGCGGCCGAUGGGGGCACGGUGGACCUCCGCGAGAUGCUGGCCGUGUCGGUGUUGGCCGCUGUUCGCGGCGGCGACGAGGUGAGGCGCGUCCGCGAGAGCAACGUCCUCCACGAGAAGUCCAAGGGGAAGACGCGCGAAGGAGCCGAGGACAAGAUGACCAGCGGGGACGUGCUGUCCAACCGCAAGAUGUUCUACCUGCUUAAGACCGCCUUCCCUAACGUGCAGAUAAAUACUGAGGAACAUGUGGAUGCAGCUGAUCAGGAGGUUAUCUUAUGGGAUCGUAAGAUUCCUGAGGACAUCCUGAAGGAAAUAGCCACCCCUAAAGAGGUACCAGCAGAGAGUGUUACUGUCUGGAUUGAUCCACUUGAUGCUACACAGGAAUAUACAGAGGAUCUUCGAAAGUAUGUCACUACUAUGGUAUGUGUGGCUGUGAAUGGUAAACCUGUACUAGGAGUGAUACAUAAACCAUUUUCUGAAUAUACAGCUUGGGCAAUGGUAGAUGGUGGGUCCAAUGUGAAAGCCCGCACUUCCUACAAUGAGAAGACCCCAAGGAUCGUAGUGUCACGCUCACAUUCAGGAAUGGUCAAACAGGUUGCUCUUCAGAGUUUUGGAAACCAGACUACCAUUAUCCCAGCUGGUGGUGCUGGUUAUAAAGUUUUAGCACUCUUGGAUGUGCCUGAUAAAAGUCAAGAAAAAGCUGAUCUAUAUAUCCAUGUGACAUAUAUCAAAAAAUGGGAUAUAUGUGCUGGCAAUGCCAUCUUAAAAGCCCUUGGGGGGCAUAUGACUACCUUGAGUGGUGAAGAAAUCAGUUACACUGGUUCCGACGGCAUUGAAGGAGGGCUUCUUGCUAGCAUCAGAAUGAACCACCAAGCUCUGGUCAGAAAACUUCCAGAUCUAGAGAAGACAGGACAUAAAUAAGCAAAGGCAGUCACAGAUCACAGCUCUUCCUCAGUUGAACAGUCAACAUGAAGCGUCUGGGGGCUUCAAACGCAUCGGUGGAGACUCUGCAUGGUUAAGGCCAUCCUGAACUUUUUAAGUAUUUAUGAAGCAUCAGAGACUUACUGUCCCUGUAAUAGGAUGCAAGAUCAGGGAAAGUGGGUUGCUUCGUGUCUCAAGUAUUGUCUUUAUUUUUGAGACUAUUUUCGUAUGGUUGUCCUACACGAGGCGCGCGCACACACACCUGCAUACACACACACACACACACACACACACACACACACAAUUUGUGAAUUAAAAUCUAUAGCUGAGUCUACAUUGUUAUGAGUCACCAUUUUCACACAACAUCAUGAAUCUUCACUAUUUGUUAGUACUUUCAUACAGAAUUGGGCUGAAGAAAGGAUUGAUUUUAUGUAGAUUUAAUACUACUUUACAGUUGUAUCUCAUUGAAAAUAAAGUAAUUGGGGGUUUUUACCCCUAAUUCAGAUGGAAAGCACAAGAAGCCACACAUUCAUUAAUAUGCAACAAAUGCUCUAUUUAUCUGUUGUUACUGAAUAUUUCUUAUGGAUUAAAAAAGAAAAAACUUAAAUUGGUUUUUUUUCUUUGAAAUUUUAAUAAUAAGUUCACCAGCUAGUCGAGAAUAUAGCUAUAUGAUGAUUGCGUUGUAAUUGUAGUUUCUAUGUGUGUAUUUUUGUUUUGUUUUUUGUUUUGGUACAGAAAAGUGUAUUUGUACCCAUGGGUCCAACAUUCCUGCCAUCUUA